CCAGCCAAACCAGAGGAGCCCAAAGCAGCCGAGGCCGUGAGUGGGAACGACAUCACAGCUCCUCCCAACAAGGAGCUUCCUCCCAGCCCCGAGAAGAAGACCAAGCCUGCUGCAUCCAGCUCCGCUCCAAAGCCGGCAGCAGCGAAGGCCAAGCCCUCGGCCACCACCAGCCCCAAGCGGCCGAGCUCGGCCACCCCGGGCACAAACAAAAAGGCCACGAGCCCAACUGCAGGUCCUACUCCAGGCACCACUGCCAAACGCCCCGGCACCAGCAGCACCCGUCCCUCCACCUUAACUCCAAAAGAGACUAAACCAAAGGUCGCGGAUGCGAAGCCCGCGGAGAAGAGAACUUCCCUCUCCAAGCCUCCAUCCUCCACCACUCCUAAAACUCCUUCCAGGAGCUCCUCUGCUGCUCCCCGGACCACGGCACCAUCGCCGGUGACGGCAGCGGCCGCUGCCAAAACCACGGCGGCGACUCCUCCCAAGAGGCCGACGUCGAUCAAGACGGACGCGAAGCCGGCAGAUGCCAAGAAAACGCCAGCGAAGUCUCCCUCAGCAGAUCCCAGCCGCCCCAAGAGCGCUCCUGGCAGCACCGGUGCCACCAAGAGCAGCACCACCACUCCUUCCACCGCGGCCUCCAGCGCUCCCGGCGCGGCCGGCGGGCGCCCCAAGCCCAAAACCGCCGCCCCCAAAGCCGCCGCGGCCUCCACGGUGUCGGCGGAUGCCAAGAAAACCACGGCCAAGGCCUCGGGCAAGGUCAGCGCCCCCAAAGCGGCUCGGCCGGCCAGCAGCGCCUCGGCCCCCGACCUGAAGAACGUCCGCUCCAAGAUCGGCUCCACGGACAACAUCAAACACCAGCCCGGGGGAGGGAAGGGGAAAAUAGAGAAAAGGCCCGAGCCAGCCGCCGCCGCGCCCAGGUCUGAGCCCAGCACGGGCACUAAAGUGGCUCCUAAAGCAGCCUCAGCAAAAGAGGGGGUCCCCAAACAGCCCAAUGGGAAAGUCCAGAUAGUCUCCAAAAAAGCGAACUACAGCCAUGUUCAGUCCAAGUGUGGUUCCAAGGACAAUAUUAAGCAUGUCCCUGGAGGUGGGAAUGUGCAGAUCCAGAACAAGAAAGUCGACCUUUCCAAAGUGUCCUCCAAGUGUGGAUCUAAAGCAAAUAUCAAGCAUAAGCCAGGGGGAGGAGACGUCAAAAUCGAGAACCAGAAGCUGAACUUCAAGGAGAAGGCCCAGGCCAAAGUGGGAUCUCUGGACAACAUGGGACACUCGCUGGCCGGAGGAGCCGUCAAGGUGGAGAGCGGCGCGGAGCCGAACGGAGCGGGGCCGGGCCCGGGUGUGCUGCCCCAGAACGGAGUGGGGCCGGGCCCCAGCGACCAAAGGGAACCUCAGAGCCUCGACAGCCGCAUCCAAGAAACAAAUUGAGUCUCUCGAGCUGAAGUUCCGUGCGAAGGCCGAGGCUCGAACGGACCACGGAGCUGAAAUCGUCUCCAAACCCCCCACCCCUUCCAGCAGCACCUGCCCCCGGCGUAGCACCAGCUCCAGCCUGGGCUCCGUGGCCUCCCCGGCACCGCCAGCAAGGCUUGUGACCCCCGCGCCCCCGGGGACCCAGCUUGGCUCUCUUAACCCGGCUCUGCCUUUAGGUGGGAAGGGGACGAUGCGGGGUGUUCGGGCCGGGGGUCCCGGGGGCUCCCCUCCCUCUCUCGGUGCCCCCGGGCAGGGCAGAGCCCCGCGGGUGAGGCUGAGGCCGGGCUGAGUUAACAGGGAUAAGCUGCGAUCUUUCUUUCUGGCUCUUUUUUUAACCCCUUCCCUCCUCGCCGCUUCAGUUUCUGCCGCCUGUGGGAUGCUGACGAAUCCCCUCCACACUCCUUAGGCUGUUUUAACUGUUGACUUGAACCUUUUAUUCUUUGUGACAAAGUGUUGAUGAUGAUUUAUCGUGUUCGAACCCGUGCUAAGUUUCCUUUUCUCUUUCCUUUUCCGACCCGUAGGAGAGUAGGGACAUUUAACCGCUGCUGCCGUGCCGGCUUCUGACUGACAUAUCCAGCCCUUGUCACUUCUUUGGUGUUGUUUGGGGUUUUGUUUCUGCUUUUUUUUUAACGUUUUAAAACGAUGGAGCGAGUUCAUGGGAUUAAGCCAUGUCUGGAACGAAAGGCACAGGAAUGUGUAAAGGGCAAACUUGCUGUGAGAGCUCAGGUGGAGCCUGUGUUGACCUCGAGAUGUGGUAAUUGAUGCUCGAGAUGAGUUAAUUGAUGCUCGAGAUGAGUUAAUUGAUGCUCAAGAUGAGUUAAUUGAUGCUCGGGAGCCGUCCCCGGGUGCCUUCUGCAGAGGUGGUUUAUUUAUUAACGGCAGGGCCGGGCUCUGGCAUCUCUCCGGUUUUUGCAGGGCUUUUCCAGGGCCUGGAAAGGGAGCAGGAGGCUCGGGCCGGGAGUUCCGAGGCUGCAGCAGGUCCGUGGGGUGUGUGGGGUGUGCGGGGUGUGUGCUGCUGGGGUGAUGGCCGGGAUGAGCAGGGCAGGAGGCAGCGGGGGCUCAUCCCAGAGGGACCCCGGAGCCCUCGGAGGGGCAGCAGGGCAGGCUCGGUGCCAGGGAGGUGCAGCUCUGACGAGGAAGGAGAUUUAACCUCUCUUGGAGCUCCUCGUUUCAAAUGACACUAAAGAAAACGAAGUGUAAAUAAAUUAAAGGAAAACAAAACAAAAGUGUUCUCGGGUGGUCAAAGUAAUUUAAAGCAAAAUAAAAAAAAGCAAACAGAAUAACAAAACACUGGGAUCAAAGAGAACUGAACCAGGCGUGUGCUAAGGGGGGCUGCUCCAGGAGGGGACAGAGGGAAGCCUGCAGCUUCUCGUGCUUGUGGGAGUAUUUCUUUGGGAAGCCGACAAUGACACGAUAACCCGGAAUCUGUAUUUACACACAAAGAUUCUUAUUGCACUUGUAUUUUUUAUAUUAAAGUUUGCAUGGUUUCUAAUAAAAUGGCAUUAAAAUGUACUAGUUUGAAUCAAA